AAAGUGCAGUAUAAACAGGGUGAUCGCACACGUGUGGUUGUGGUGAUGAUAUACAGAGAUGAGUUUCAUCAGAGAGAUGCUGCCUCAGGCUUUAAGGAUGUCAGGCAGGUGCAUGUCUUCUCUGCUUAGGUGUGUGGACAGAUGGCCUGACGUCAUUCUUCACGAGCAGGUGAAGACACUGGAUGAUAUGCCGGGACCUUCCACCUCAGGCUUUAUCUGGGAUCUGUUCUUCAGACGCGGAUUCGCGCGCCUCCAUCAGCUGCAGCUGGAGGGCAAGAGGAAGUACGGGCCUAUGUGGAAAGCGAGUUUUGGACCCAUCCUGACGGUUCAUGUGGCAGAAGCAGAACUAAUAGAGCAGGUGCUGAGACAGGAGGGUCAGCAUCCCAUGCGCUCGGACCUCUCAUCCUGGAAGGACUAUCGGCAGCUCAGAGGACAUGGAUAUGGACUUCUGACCGCUGAGACGGAAGAGUGGCAGAAUGUGCGAAGUCUGUUGGCCAAACACAUGUUACGGCCUAAAUCUGUGGAGGCGUAUGACAGCACACUGAACUGUGUGGUGGAUGAUCUCAUAGAGAAAUUAAAGCUACGCAGACAAGAAAACUCUAGCGACCUUAUCACGGACAUCUCAGCUGAAUUCUACCGCUUCGGUCUGGAAGGAAUCUCAUCUGUGCUGUUUGAGUCCAGAAUUGGUUGUCUGGAGCCAGUCAUUCCCAUGGAAACAGAGCGUUUCAUUCAGUCUAUCAACAGCAUGUUUGUCAUGACUCUUCUCACUAUGGCUAUGCCUGCAUGGCUGCACCGGCUCUUUCCUAAACCCUGGGACACCUUCUGCCGCUCCUGGGACUAUCUCUUUCAGUUCGCAAAACUGCAAAUUGACAAGCGCCUUGAGGAGGAUACCGAGAAAAUGGCACGAGGAGAGAAAUUGGAGGGACGCUACCUCACCUACAUUCUGUCUCAGGCUGGAAUGCCCAUGAAAUCUGUGUACAGUAAUGUGACCGAGCUGCUGCUUGCUGGUGUCGACACGAUCUCCAGCACAUUGUCGUGGUCAUUAUACGAGCUGUCACGGCAUCCAGAGAUCCAGAAUGCGCUGCGGGCUGAAGUCCUCAAUGUACUGCAGGGCCGUACCCUCCCAAAGGCAUCUGAUGUUGCUGCCAUGCCUCUUAUGAAGGCUGUCAUGAAGGAAAUCCUCAGGCUGUAUCCUGUAAUUCCAGGAAAUGCUAGAGUCAUCACAGACAAAGAUAUUGAAGUUGGAGGAUACCUUAUCCCUAGAAAUACUCUGAUCACUCUCUGCCACUAUGCAACAUCUCAUGACUCUAAACAUUUCCCUGAGCCGGAUGAUUUCAUCCCUCAGCGCUGGUUGAACCGCGGCGAGGCAAGCCACCCUUAUGCCUCUAUACCUUUUGGAGUGGGCAAACGCAGCUGUAUCGGUCGACGCAUUGCUGAACUGGAGGUCUACCUUGCACUUUCUAGGAUUUUAAUGCACUUCAAUGUGGAGCCUCCAGAAGAUAACAAUAUAGUUCAUCCAAUGACCAGAACUCUGCUGGUUCCAGAAAAAGAGAUCAACCUUCGUUUCACAGAGCGCUGAGGUGAAGUUCCAAGUUGACCAGGACAGAACUGCUCCUCUCUGUUCCAGAGAGCCAGGAGAAUGCUUGGGAGCCUCCAGCAAAAUGAAGGAAAGAAGGCUUGAGGCCAGAACUGGGCUGUGUAAAAAAGUUCCUGGGAGUCUGCCACUUCAUUCAUAUAUGUAAACCAAUGCAAAAAUUACGGCUGAAAACGUAUAUUUUGUUAUAUUGAUGUAAUGGAUCCAAAGUCUCAAAGCGUGACCUUUAUUCAUUAUUCAUGCAAGUCCCAACAACAUAUCCAAGAAGAGAGUGCAGGAUACAGCAUCUUUCAUUGGAUAAAGCUUUACAAAAUGUAGUUUUUCCACUCCAUAUUUAUGAUUAAUUGGACUACAUUACUGUAUUAUAAUGUAUGUUUGUUGAAAUCUUGUUUAAGAUGUUUUUUUAACAACAGAUUACACAAAUAAGUCUAUUUAAUUGUGUAGCUCUUUAGUCUUUUGUUCAAGAAUGAAUCAUUCUGUACGACAGUAGGUGUUUCUGAAUUUCUGAAGCCUGCUGAGAUCUAGUGAAACAAACUGUGUUUGCUUAAGAAAAAUGCACUGCAAUCUGACUCAACAAUAUGCACUUAGUACCAAUUGUGCUUUAAAACAAUGAAGAGAUAAUAAAUCACAACCAUAAAUCA